AUGUUGGUGUCACCAACAGCGGCCGCGACGGCUAUCGAACACCGAUCAAUUCAAGAUCUCAGGUAGGUUUUCGAGAAAUUCCUCAAAAAAUUACUGUAGUGAUCUAUGAAAUUUGCAGGAACAUUUUGCCAGAACUUCAAAACCUCAACGAUGGUUAUAUUCUUCGUUGGCUUCGCGCCAAAUCCGGACAUUUUGAUGAGACUGUGGAUUCAUUGAGAAAACACGUGGUUUUUAGAAAUGCUUGGCAUUUGGACACCAUUGAUCAAUGGACCCCGCCAGAGGUGAAAAUGCAUUUAAAGCCUAAAAAUGAAAAAAUUUAAAAAAUUCGCGCGCAUGAAAACUCGAACUCGAGUCUUGUGACUGGCAGCAAAAACGUCUACCACUGAACCAAGCGCGCAUAUCGAAUCAUGGGGCAAAUGAAGUUGAAAAAGAUGCCCCAAAAAUUUUUGCUAAUUUUUCCAGUGCCUCGAAAAAUAUUGUGGUUACGGUUUGCUCGGCGACAACGAGGGUCGACCGAUUCUGAUGUCGUUGUUGGGAAAUGUGGAUGUUGAGGGAUUAUUGAGAUCGGUCGCCUCGUUGGAUUAUAUUAAAUUCUCGUUGGCCGCAAUUGAGAAGGGAAUGAAAUUGUGUGAGGAAAAAGCCAAAGAGGUUUGUGGGGAUGCGAAAAAAAAUUGAUAUUUAUUUGAAAAUAGAUUGUAAAUAGACUGGGGGUACUGUAGUUUUCCAGAUAAUUUUUCAUUUUUCUGAUUUUUUCCCAGCUACUGUAGUUUUUCCAAAAUUCUGGCAGGUUUUCGAUUUUGCUUUAUUUUAUUCCAAUUUUUUAAAGAAAUUCUGAGCUACAGUACACAUUUUGGGGUUACUGUAGAAUCAGCUUCCUGACAAGAAUUCGAUUUCUAAAUUGCCACGUCAUCAAAUUCAGUUUUCACAAUUAAUAAACAAAAAACACAAUUUUUUUCUGAAAUUUUUUCGAAAAAAGUCAUGACGUGGCAAAAAUUUUUCUGAAAAUCGAGAAUUUUCUCCACAAAAUUGUGCAAUUUUUCGAGAUUUUCUGAUUUUAACCUGAAAAAUGAUGACGUGGAAAUUAGAAAAUGAAAUUUCCACGUCAGUUUCGAGAAAAACCACGUGACAUUUUCAAAAAAAAAAAAAUAAAAUUUCCAAAUUGCCACGUCAUCAUUUUUUCGCACAAAUUCUUGAUUUUGGAAAAGUUCGAAGAUGGCGUGGCAAUUUAUACAAUGCAAUUUCUAAACUGCCACGUCAUAACCAUUCCCAAUAUUUCCAGUCUGGUCGACCAUUCGAACAACUAACUCUCGUCUUCGACCUCGAGCACAUCUCCUCGGCUCAUUUCUCCAGCAAACAAUUCGCCUCCUCAUUCACAACACUCGUCAGUUUGUUCCAAGAUCAUUAUCCAUUAACAUUGCGUCGAAUUUUGAUCAUCCGUGCUCCCGAAAUGGCUCGAAUCGCCUACGCCUCAAUCACAGCAAUUCUUCAAGAUCCGAUAACUCGUCUAGUUGAUAUGCCAUCAGAGGUUAGUGGGGGCGGGACUAUCAAAUCUAACAUUUAUUUGAAGAACGAUAAAAAAAUAAUAGUUAGAAUAUAG